AUGGCGGCCCCGGGGGGGACGGAGCCCGAGCGCGCCGCGGAGGGGUCCCCGGCCGAGCGGGGGUCCCCGGAGCAGGAGGGGUUCUUCUCGCUGCUGAGCUCCGUGCAGGGAACCCGCAUGGACGAACAGCGCUGCUCCCUGGGCGGGGGCGCGGGAGAAGGGGGCGGGGGCCCGCCGCCCCCCGAGCUGGCCUCGCUGCUGGACAUGGUGGCGAGCUCGCAGGGCCGCAGGAUGGACGAGCAGCGGCUGCCCGUGCCCAGACUGCCCGGCUUCGGCACCGGGGGGGCGCAGGACUGAGCCCCCGGAGCCGCCGAGCCCCCCUCGCCUUCCCCCGGAGCCUCCUCAGCCCUGUCCCCUCCCCUGGCUGUGUCCCCAAUAAACCCCCGAGCA